AUGAUUAUUGGUUAUACCUUCAGAGAAUUAAAUGGAAAACUGGGGGAAGAAAAAUGUUCGAUUUUGUAUUUUUUUUUUUUUUUUGGUGCAAGUUUAUAUUUGAGCGGAACAGAAAAUCGUUUGCAGAAUCAUCACCAACCUCAUCAACAUCAACAACAACAUCAUCAUCGACAAGAUCACCAAUAUCUAUUAUACAAUAUGUCUACAAACCAUAGACCACAGUUGGAAAGCAAAAGAGGAAAAGUAAUUAAAAUCAAAGAUAGUAUAAAACAUGCAAGAGCUUUACCACAACAGAAGUCAUUGAAAUAUAGACAAGAUAUUCCAUCAACUAUUUCUGGGUAUGGAAGUGAUAGCGAAGACGAAGAAGAAGAAGAAGAAAAAGAAGAAGAACGAGACGAGAUUAGUACACCUCCGUUAAAGAAAAUUAAAAUUGACAACACUACAGUAGCGAAGGAAGAAUCAAGAACGAGUAAAGAAGAGGAAACAAAGGAAGAUAAAGAAAGCGAGUCCGAAGAGUCAGAUUCAGAUUCAGAUGAUGAAACAGCAUUACUUCUACAAGAAAUUGAAAAGAUACGACAAGAGAAGUUGGAAAAUGACAAAGACCAAAACGAAUCCAAAGUGGUUGCAAUCAAACCUGGUUCAAGUACAAAAAAGAAAAGUUGGAGACUGACAACAACGUUUAAUAAUAACAAAUCAAAACAAGCAAAAGAAGGAAAGAAAUAUUCGACUGAUUCUCUAGAUUCAGAGUAUCAUCAAAAACUAAUGUCAAAAUACAUAAGAUAA